AUGACCUCUCUCUUACCUAUUCAAUAUGUUACACCUCAUUCUAUUACUUCCACUUCCGCCUCAUCAGUUGUUGAAUUAAACAGCACAUCAAACACCGAAAAACAACAACAACAACACUCUCAUUUCCAGCAGCACAGAUGGCAUUACAGCAACAGCGCAUUGACAACAACAUCGUUGGAAGGAACAUUGCCUUCGGUCACUGCUGUAAAGUCGAGAUCGACUACUAACACAGCAGCUACGACGACGACGACGACGACGACGACCAGCAACAACCGACUGGCAUAUGUAGAUGCCCUUGUAGAUGUAAAUGCGCUUGUUAUCGAAUUGAUCUGGCAGCUGAAUCCUACUGCUACGGCUCCUGCUCCCAGCAACAACAAACAUGCCAGCAAGAACAAUGUGGUCGUGCCUCUCAGGACUUUUAUUCAAGAGGUACUCAAACGAUCAAGAACAACGUACUCAACACUGCAAACGGCAUUAUUUUAUUUAUUUCGUUCAAGACCUGAAAUUAAUAAUUAUUUAACAAGAAUGCAGCAACAUCAACAAAAUAAUAACAACAAUUGGGAAUAUGCUUAUAUUAACUGUGGAAGACGCAUGUUCCUGGCGAGUUUGGUGGUUGCCUCCAAGUUUGUACAGGACAAGACCUAUCGAAACUCUGCUUGGGCAAAGAUUGCUGGAUUACCCGUGUCUGAGGUCAAUGCGGCAGAGCGCAUUUUUCUCAACUUGAUUGAUUAUCGCUUGUACAUCUCUCAGCCAAAGUUUGAGCAAUGGCAUCAUUUACUACACAUGUAUGUGGAAGCAAAGACGCUAAAUCAACCGACAAAUUUGCAUGAUUUGUCCACUCUGCCAUUCGCUGCAACAAACAUUGACUAUUAUGAUCAUCACCAUGACAAGCAGGCCCUGCCAUCUCCUCGCACAACUCCUCGUUCACAACAAAAUUUCGGCUGGACACUUGUACUUUCACCUACUUCAUUCCUACCACCACCAGCUCCUUCUCAACAUCAGCACCAUCAGCACCAUCCUACCGCUGCUCCUCUUGCUCCUCCUCCUCCUGCUCCUGCUCCUGCUCCUGCUCCUGCUCCUGCUCCUCCUAUCAACAGCCAUUGCGAAUGUCAAUCCACUGCAACGACUACUACCACAAGAUUAUCAAAAAAGAGAAAGACAAGCUCAGCAUCGUCUGCUUCUUCGUGCUCAUAUCCACCUGUAUUAUCAAUGUCACUUCCUAGCUCCAUCAAUUCAUCUCCCAUGCAGACACCUACACAGAUUUCACCCGUACGGAUGAACAACGGUACUUCAGUAUUCAACUGGAGCUCACCCACUAGUUUCGAUCAUAAUAUUCUUCAUCAACGUUCGUUUGUGAAUACGAAUACUAAUAUCAGCAACAAGAAGAGAAAGUUCGCCAGUGUGGAACCUCACUCUCACUCAUAUAACCUUAGUAACGUUAGACAACAAGCGAGUAGAUUUCAUUCAUAA